GUUUUACCAUUCUAAAAUCCAAAUUAAACGUGAUCCUCGUGUCUACUCUAGUCGUCGUAUCGAUCGAUCGCCGGUGCCGAGUACAGGCAGGAUUACCCACAAUUAAUUUGCGAUCUGGUUUUAGAGAUUAAUAAUCUUGCGAGAUGGAUGUCGGAGAGAAGGCCAAACAAGUCAUGUCUUACUUUACUCAGCCAAGCAUGAUGAAACUGCUGCGGUUGGCCAACAUCGCCGGCGUCGUGUACUUCUGGGUAGUCUCCUCUCUGGUCCUGUACGUCAACCUCUUCUGCAUCCUCCCCAGCCUAUUCAAGGAGGAUGAUUUCUGGCUGAAAUUCCACUGGUGGUUCUUCACCUUGGCUGCGGCCAGCAUGUUCGUCAAUUACUUCAUCUGCUUGUGGAAAAACUCAGUGUACACGUCCGCCGCAGGAACAGGCAACACUGACGAAGCUACUGCCAAGGGCUGGGACCACUGCGUGCCGUGCCAGCAGUACAUCCCACCCAGGGCACACCAUUGCCCCAUCUGCAAGAGAUGCAUCCUCAAGAGAGACAGGCACUGCUACUUCCUGGGUGUCUGCGUGGGCCACUUCAACCAGAGGUACUUCCUGGUGUUCCUGUUUUACGCCACGGUUGCUGCCUUGCAUGGUGCUGUCUGCCUCUUCGUGUACCUGAAUGCCAACUUUGCCGUGCUUCUCUCGGCCGAGGCGUACAACUACCUCUACCCGUUCAGCACGGCAAAGUGGAUCUUCGGUUUCACUCCCUCGUAUCUGUACGGCACCCUCACUCUGGCCUACAUUAGUCUGAUGUUGGGAAUCGGAUGCGCCGGCCUUUUCUACUUCCAUUUCCAGCGAGCACUGCAUUGCCAGACGUCCCAUGAGUAUGGCAAUAGAAUCACCACGUUCAAUCGAGGACCGCAGAGGAACUUGCAAGAGGUGUUUGGCAGCUAUUGGUGGCUAGCUUUCCUGCUGCCCAUUCCACAGAAGCAAACAAGUGAUGGCAUUGUGUGGAACAGGCCAAAAGAAAUCAAGGGGAUUUAACAUUAACCACCCUGUUCAUAAACAAAUUCAACAAGUUCUUCAAGAUUUGUAGACAAGCAGUAUAUUUGUACCUUGUGAUA